ACAAAAUCAAAUGAUUGUACAGAAAGAUGCUUUUCUGGUUUCCCACUCCAAACAAACCAAUUAUACUACUUCAAUUUAAUACUCGAUAUAUAGUGUCGGACAAUAACAUGGAGUUAAAUUAAUAUCUGGGGGAUGUGUACGAACAAUGAAUACUAAUGCAGUUAAUAGUAAUCCAAAUUGGAAAUUAUUGUUUUAUGUAAAAUGAUUAGAUCAAAAGUAAUAUUCCUAUCCUGUUUCUUUUUUUUUUUUUUUUUUUUGGAAAAAACAUCAAUUAUUGAGUGUGGAUGCAAGUGACUGGUCAAACUUGAAUUAAUUUAAAAUACAAGAGUAGUUAAAUGACAGCUGGAAACAUAUUAAAAAAUACUUACUCUGUACCAAACUUAUUUCUGGCAGCAAUUAGCAGCCAACUUUGAUUUAACUUUCUUCCAUGUGUCUUUUUUAACAAGAGGAAAUAGCAGACAGGACAGCGACCUUAUAAGCCUGGUGCAUGUAUUGCUGUAACUUGAUAAGAGUAAAAUACCCAAAAUCCUGAAGAUGGUUGAUGCUUUUGUGUCAUUUGCAGUUCAAAAACUUGGGGAUUUCCUCAUACAGGAAGUUAACCUGCAUUUAAGUCUGAGAGAGGAUGUGCAGUGGCUGCGAAAUGAGCUGCUCUUCAUGCAAUCUUUCCUCAAACAUGCAGAAGAAAAGCAAAGUGAAGAUCAAAGAGUCCAACAAUGGGUGUUUGAAAUCAACUCUGUUGCUAAUGACGCUGUCGCUAUACUGGAGAAUUUCAGCUUCGAGGCUGGUGAAGGUGAUGACGAUGGAUUUGCUAGUCGUUUGAAGGCCUGCGCUUGCAUUUGUAGGAAGGAGACCAAAUUCUACAAAGUCUCCAAGGAGAUCCAAUCACUCAAGCGACGAAUCAUGGAUAUCUCUCGCAAACGAGAGACUUAUGGUAUUAGAAAUAUCGAUAAUAUUGCAGAAGAAGGGCCAAGUAAUCGGCCAAACAAUCGAUCUGCCAUGGUUAGAACACUGAGGAAGACUACCUCCUAUGUGGAUGAUCAGGAUCAGAUUUUUGUUGGCUUUCAGGAUGUUGUAGAAAGAUUGCUAGCUGAACUUCUCAAAGCCGAGCCUCGUCAAAGCGUCAUCUCCAUUUAUGGUAUGGGCGGACUAGGCAAGACCACACUCGCGAGAAACCUCUACUAUAGUCCUAAUGUGGUCUCUAGCUUCCCAACGCGCGCUUGGAUAUGUGUUUCUCAAGAGUACAAUACCAUGGAUCUUCUUAGUAGUAUCAUAAAAUCUAUCCAGGGACGCACCAAGGAGAAUCUAGAUUUGUUGGAAAAGAUGACCGAGACAGAUCUAGAAAGUUACCUUCGUGAUCUAUUAAAAGAACGCAAGUACCUUGUGGUGGUUGAUGAUGUAUGGCAGAGAGAAGCUUGGGAAAGUUUGAAAAGGGCAUUACCAGAUAACAAGAAUGGUAGCAGAGUUAUUAUUACCACGCGCAAAGAGGAUGUUGCCGAAAGAGCAGAUAACAAAGGGUUUGUCCAUAAACUCCGUUACCUUAACCAAGAAGAGAGUCGGGACCUCUUUUGCAGGAAACUGCUUGAUGUUCGGGCAAUGGUCUCAACAAUGGAGAGGCUAGCUAAGGAUAUGGUGGACAAGUGUGCAGGCUUACCUCUUUUAAUUGUUGUAUUAAGCGGACUACUUUCGCAUAAAAGGGGGCUAGAAGAAUGGCAAAAGGUGAAGGACCACCUUUGGCAGAACAAUGACUCUAUUGAAAUCUCCUGCAUACUAUCAUUGAGCUGCUAUGAUUUGCCAACUGUGCUCAAGCAGUGUUUUCUUUACUUGGGUAUUUUCCCAGAAGACCGUGUGAUCUAUGCUGAAAACAUAAUGUGGUUGUGGAUGGCCGAGGGUUUCAUACCAAGAGGAGAAGAAAGAAUGGAGGAUGUCGCUGAAGGCUUCUUGAAUGAGCUGACAAGACGAAGCUUGGUUCAAGUGGCACAUACAUAUUGGGAAAAAAUUGUUAGAUGUAGGAUUCAUGAUCUACUUCGGGAUCUUGCCGUACGGAAGACAUUGGAAGUAAAAUUCUUUGACAUUUAUAAUCCAAGAAAGCACUCCAUGUCUUCCUCAUGUCUCAGACAUGCCAUUCAUGGUCAAGCACAAAGCUGUUGACAUUUCCAACCAAGUGAAUAUAUUGUAUGGCACCCUCACUAAGUUCUGCACUCCAUCAAGCUGUCCAACGAUGUUGGCAGGACCAAAGUAUGAGUACCGACGGGUUGAUGGAGUGAAUACAUAGAAACCUAUAGAAUUUUCUGGUCCAAAGUACGUGGAAAUUUAAUGGACUGGAUAGAGACUCAGCUAGAUGAGGAAUCAGUCUUUCCUCAAAAGUGGGGAGUUCUGCUUGAUAGACGAGACAGAGCUUGCACCUCUCAAUGAGCUUGUUGAGUCUAUUCUGCAGUUCCUAGUGCCAUGGCGUCCUUCAGAACAUACAUAUUAUGAUGGAUGUAGGACAGGGAAACCCAAAAUAGUGUUGGAACCUGUUCCUGAAGUUUCCCCUUUUUUAGAAACUUUCAUGGAUUGAAUUUGAAUUGUUGCAUCUUAUGAAAAUUUCGCUCUCUCAUCGAGUAACCAUUUCUCGAGCCUGUUUUCUGUAGUUUACCUAUUACUAGUGAGUAUAAGGGGCAGGGGCACUGUUCAAUAGAUAGGAGUGCCACAUGCACUAAGAACGACUAUGUGGAAUUAUUUGUAUCUUCUUUUUUCCUUUCAUGUUUGUCA